AUGCCGUGGUUAACAGGUCAAGUCAUACAAGGCCGUGACUAUCUACACACCAUUCUUGAAGACAGAAGAGAUGCUCCCAUAGAACUCCGCUUGCUUAUUGACGAGCUGUCUAUCAUAAAGAGAAUUUCCGCCAAGUUUGCAUCCUCAACACCUGAAAAUCCUGAACUUAUUGCCGCUUUGGACUUUUGCAAUGAGUCAAUUCACAAACUACGAGAUGUGGUCGAUAGAUUCGGUUUCUUGACAGGCGUCGGAAAAUAUAAGAAGUGGGGACCAAGGCUCGCAUUGGCUCUCAAUUCCAGUAAGAUCUUGAAGCGUUUGAACCGUCUAAGAGAAGCCAAAGGGCAUCUUGAGCAUUUGCAGAAUGUUUUCAAACACGAUGAAACAAAGUUGAAGAUAGACAACCUACGCAAUUCGAUUAAGCAACUCAAUUUAUCCAAUUCGCAGAUUUCCGAAAUUGUCAAUUAUUCACCCGCGAGGGUGGAUGAUAUUGCUAUUAUGGCCAAGGAGACGAGAUUUUUAUUACAAAAUAUGGCAGAUAAAUUCGUAAAGCAAAGAGAGCGGAACCUCGAAAGCAAUCGUCUCAUUGAGAAACGUGUCGUGGAUGCUAUGGAAGUAAUACUGGAAUUUUAUUUGAAGAAACAUUUCCGAGAAACGAGAGACUCACAGUCGUCAUCUUCUAUCCAGUCGCUUCGCCAGGAAGCAUGUAAUGAGAUACCACCAAGCAACGUUGAGUCCUGGAAUACCGCUCUGGAAGACCCUCGUAUACCCAACUUUGAACGCACCUCAAACUAUAGCACACAAAUUGGCCAAGUUUUGAUGAAGACCAUAUCAAGCACAUACAUGUCCCUCAAUGAAAUUGAGACAGAGCAUUUAGAAUAUAAUUCAACACCGAUGUUGAAUACACACGCGUUAUCUUCUAUCGAGGAGUUUCCUAUUACGAUUACGAGAACAGAAAUUCUCUUACUUCCAGAAUCUUGGGAAAAAGAGCGAGCGGCUGGUAAUAUUCUUGACAAUGGAUUUACUGUAUCACAAUCCACUGGUGUCAAAGUCACUGCAUCUCCGUCCCUGCUUUACAUUGCAUUCAAAGCUGUGUUCGUUGCUCAAGGAGUGCGUCACGGAAAGGCCAGGCGCAGGAAAUUCCGAAAACCAAGACGUUCAACUUCUCUCCUUCGUCAAUCCCCAGACAGUGAAGUAAACGAUGUGGUAGAGCUUGUAACUCUUUGGUCGGCAGUGAAUUGA